GCGAUUUCUGCGUCUUCCUCCUCUAAAAACAUGGCUUUUUCUUCACCUACCAAGUCUCAGCCCUACAGCCUCGGUCCUGACAACACACCCGUCGGACGGGAGAUCGAUAUGUGGAGACGUCUCAUAUCCCCAGAGAAACCUAAGAAGAAGAACAAUGCCGCACCCAGGAAACGUAUCGGCGAAUACGCUGAGCACAAAGCUUGGUUCGAACAGCGUUUCGGGCAGCGGAUUGUCUCAAACGUUGACACGAACUCGAACGAACUCGGAAGGGUCGAGCCCACUUCCAACAAGGAGGAGGACACUGAGGGACUCGGGAACGACAUAGAAGGCGAUUGUGAUCAGAGCAGCGACCUCGAAGACACCGCUCUGCCAGGCAGUGACGAUACUGUCACUGACGUGCACCGCCGUGCGCCCUCGCUUUCGGGCACCCUCGAGGAUGUCGAUAACGAUCCAACGUCGGACGUGGUCAACUCUUCCGACGACGAUGAUUCUGGCUACGACACCCCGAAGUACGCCGCCCCCAGUGUGCAUAGCCGGUGUAAUGUCGAUUCCGGGUACGACAACGGCAAGUCCGAUGCCUCUGAGGACUCCGACGACGAGGAGGAGUCUGACUCCUCAGGAAACUCGGACGAGGAGAAGGAGUUUGACUCCUCUGAGGACUCAGACUCGAAUGACGAGGAGUCCGACUAA